AUGAUAAACAAUCUUCUUCACCUCUUCCAUUUCCACACAACCCAUCCCUACAAUCCCACAACCCAAAACCUAUCGCUCAACUUCUACAAAAGAGACGACGACGACGACGACGACGACGCUGAGGAUGCCACCAGCGCCUACCCUCUGCCUCUGAAAUCAACCUCCCUCUCCAAAUUGGUUCUAACGUCAACUAUAACCUCUUCCUCCACCUCGCUCAACAACGACGACGAAGAAAUCGUUACCAAAAUUGUCAAGACCACCAAAUCAACUAGAACAACCCCCAUAGUCUACACUUACUACUAUGACUCGAAAAAUAAAAUAAUCCAGUCCUCCACCAACGACGACGACGACGACGACGAUAGUGAUACCACAACCUCUGAACCUUCUGCCACAUCUCCCUCUUCUACAACAUCCACCAAAAAAAGAUCUACCAUCACCAUAACAAAAUCCUACCUCAAAACCACUCCCUCCUCUGCUGCCACCUCUCCUUCUUUCAAUUCAAAUUCUCUAGCCUACUAUCCUGACUCCCUCACUGGCCCCUCUGCCUCAUCGCUAUACUCACUACUUUCUUCCAAACAAAAAUCAACCUCCUCCACCUCUCGUUCAAAUUCCAUUUCCAACUCAAAAUCUCGCUCUCGCUCUGACUCAGACUCUGACUCAGAUUCUUCCUCUUCCUCUUCUUCCUCCAGAGAACCAAGAGUAACCAUCGUCUACAUCACAAUAACCGCCUCUCCCUCCCCAAGAGUCAUCUCCACCUCUUUCAUCAUCCCAGAAACAACAAUCUCAACCUCAUACACCCAAUACUACGAAAUUACAAACUACAACAACGUCCCCCAAAACACCCUCUCCCUAAACAUCCCAAUAACCACCAACAUCGUAACCUACGAAUCUAUCCAAAACAUUGACCUCAACUUGAACGAAAACCACUACAUUACCUAUUCCGCCACUUUCCACCACCCUGCAACCAUCACAACUGACUAUUCCUACUACAAUGACUAUCUCCAAGACAUCAUCUCUCAAUCAAACAAAAACAGCAACAGCAAUGACCUGAGUAGUCUGAACAAAAACUCAAAUAACAUCACAACCAUAACUGGCUCCGUUUUAGGCUCAGUCUUGGGCAUAUUGCUCAUAAUCUUAUUCAUCUGGUUGUUCUUAAGGCAUAAAAAAAAAAGAAAAAAUCUCAACAAUGAAAAAAUCAUAAACAACAACAAUAACAAUAACAAUAACAAUAACAAUAACAAUAACAAUAACAAUAACAACAACAACAACAAUAAUAAUAAUAACAACAACAAUAACAACAAAAACAUCCACAAUGAUACAAAAAUCAAAAAAAAUUUAAACUUAAACUUAAGCUUAAACACAAAUCACAACAAUAACUUUCUUCCUCUACCCAUCCAUUCAAAUAACAACUCAUCUUCAAUUAUUAACUACAACUAUGAAAACAAUAGCUCAAACAACCUAAUCAACUCUCCUCAGCUUUCUCCAAUCUCACAAUUCCAAAGAAGAUCAUCCAUAGAUACCAUCACAUCAAACACAAAUAUAAGCACUACCUCAACCAUAUCAAACAACUCUCUAAACACACAUUCCUCUAACGCCUCUAACAAUACCAACAACACUAACAGCACUAACAGCACUAACAACUCUGAUAACUCUGAUAACACUGAUAACACCAUCACAACUUCAAACUCUCUAAAUAGCGAUAUGGGUUUGGACGCCUUGAGAGCUAAUCUCCUAUCCGGCUUCAACAUAAACAACUACAACAAUAACCAGCCAAGAAAUCAAAUCUCAAACCCAAACUCAAACUCUGACAUACUAGACGACGAUAUCAACUCAACUAACUUUAACCAAUCUCAAAACACCUUCAUUAGAAAUAGAGUCAUUGACACCGUUUAUGAAGAAAGCGAAUCUCAUUCAGAAAGAAAUUCAUCUAUCCACUCUUCCCUAAAUACAUCUCUAAGAAACUUUCCUUCCAACUCUUCAUUUGCCUCAAAUUACUCAAAUAACACCAUCAACAACAAUAACAUCAAAAACAAAUUCAAUCCCACCCCUCUAAAAUUUAAUAAUUCAACAAAAAUUAACAAAAACAUCUCAAAUCGACUAAAUACAAACUCCGAUAACCACAAUAGGCAAAAAAACUUUAGAUUAAAAAAUAAAAAUUUCAACAACUUGUACUCAUCCGAUAAAAUUAAAUUCCAAAGAGCUAAAGAUAGAUAUGCUAGAGUAGGCUUGCAAAACUACAUGCCCCAAAAUCCCUUUGAUACUCACCAAAAAUACCCAGACUCUCUUUUAUCAAAUAAUUCUCUAUUUAAUAACGAUACCAACGAAAAUAACAACUCAAAGUUAAACCAAAUUUAUCCACUAAAUCCCCCUCCCGCUCCCUUUUCUAGAUCAUCUUCCAGCUCCAUCUCAAAUUCCUCAACUUCUUCAACUUCUUCUGCUUCCACUUCUUCACCACCUACUUCAACAAGCUCUUCAACAGGCUCUUCAACAGUUCUUCCUCUGGUCCCUCCUCCAGUCCCUCCCCCAAGAAAAUCGAUCAGGUUUUCUUCCUCUUUUGAUCAAAAUAUUAAUAACCAACUUCAGGCUCUUGGGAACUUUCCAGAAAGAGUAUCUUUAGAAAGGCCUUCAAAGUCGUAUGUAAGUGAUCUAAAAAAGAAUCAAAAUGAUUAUUGA